AUGAGGCACAAGUUCAGUGAUAAAAAUGCUUUGCCUGUGGGGGGUAAAGGCAGCUCUGUAAUACCGAUUCCAACAAGCGAACUACAGGAUAUCUAUGAGAGCACUGAGAUGGUUGGAAAGAUUAGGCCACACCCAUCAGAGUUUGGGCCCUUAGAGGUCCUGUCCAGGAUGGGCCUCACAGAGCCUGAGUCAUACCCUGCAGCUGCUGAAGAGGGCUUCUUAAAACUGUCCACUCCGGCUCAAAUGAACGACUUUACACCACAAGCCACACUGUCAGAGAGCAGCCAAGAAGAGGAAGCUGUCAGCGCUUUACCUGGAACAACAGCCAUUACAGAGGCCGAGGCGGUGGUGGGAAUAGACGAGAGCUACACCAUGUGUAACGAGGUGGACACCGAGGGAAACCCAGCAAAACCAAAAGGCCCACCACUUGUUCCUGGACAGGGGAGAAACAGGAACUAUCGCAGAAAAAGAGCUGCUGCGAAGAAAUGGAAAUGUUACCUUCUAUGUCUGAUGACAUUCAUGAAUAUUCCUUUCUGUAAGGGCAAAGCUGCACUUAAGUGUUUUUCCUGCAUGGACAAGGACAGAUGUCCCAAAUUGGUGAACAUAUUUGAAAGUGAUGACACUCGUCUGUACCAUAGAAACAAACAGCCAUUUCCAGGGUGCUCUGGAAUCUCUGCUCCUUCUUCUAAGAUGUGUGAUGUCUGCUCUGUCGAAUCCAACAUCACCAUCAUCUGCUCGGGGGAUGUUGGAAAAUUGGAGGUGGAAGAUAGUGAUGGUGCACAGAUCAAAAACACUCCCGCAGUCCCCUGUUCCAUCAUGGAGAGCAGCCCUAUUGAAAGCAAACAGAAGCAGCAGACCUCGAACCCCACACUUACUGUACUGAUUGUUGGCUGUGUUCUGCUUUUACAAUGGUGGCAACGUUGACCUACAGUUGCUGCUGGAGAAACAGGACUGAAACUGGUCAACAGUGAGGAACACUGCAUGAUCAAGAAGAAGACAGUACUGUGAUGAAGUAUUCAAUCAUUCUUUUGCAUUUUAGUAUGCAUGUUUUAAUUCAUAUUGUCUUUCAAUACUUUGAUCAUAUUCUGUAACUUCACUUCUUCUUUCCUUUUCUCAUAAUUCUUCUUUUUUUUUUACUCUACUUGCUGUCUUUUUGUAGUCAAUUUGUUUCUGCAAAUAGCUUUAGAUGCCAUAUGUAAAAUAGCUGUAGAGGGUACUUUUUUACUCUUUGGGACAUCUGCUGUUUAGACUUGUGAUAGGAAUGCAACUGUCUUAUUUUGAUUAAUAAUUCAUCUGCCAAUUAUUUUCUUGGUCAAUCAUUUAAUCGUUUGGUCUAUAAAAUGUCAGGAAAACUGCUUGUUUUGACUAUAUGUCCA